ACGAAGACAGAGCCUUACCGACAGUCAAGCUUUCAAGACGUGAUUAAUAAAUCGUGUCAAAAAACGUGGACAAUCAUUACUCGGGGUGAUUUAGUUAUUUUUUUUUUUUUUUUUUUUUUUUUUUUGUUUUGUUUGUAUUAUCUUCACUGAAAAUUUUAAUGUUUAUAUCUAGUUUUAAUAAAAAAAAAAUUAGUUGAUUUUGUUUAGUGAAGAAGACAUUAGUGAAUUGUGAAUUAUUUAUAGACGAUUUGAUACCAGUGAUAUCAUCAAGAUGGGUUCGUACGCAAUUGGACAAUUUGUCAUUGGACUGUUAUUCCUUGGAGUCAUUACUGGAAGCUACGCUAUACCUCCGAGAGUGGCUUUUGAAAAAUUAACUGAUUUUGAUUAUCGUGGUACGACUUAUUAUACUAUCAGUAAUUUAUCACUGUACGAGUGUCAAGGAUGGUGCAGAGAAGACAAAGACUGUCAAGCAGCAGCAUUUUCAUUUGUCGUUAAUCCACUUGCACCAAUGCAAAAUACUGUUUGUCAAUUACAAAAUGAAACAUCAUCAUCAAAUCCAUCAGUACAACCACAAAGAGCAGCAAAUAUGUAUUACAUGACAAAACUUCAAAUUCGUUCAGAAAAUGUUUGUAUUAGACCAUGGGCAUUUGAACGUGUUCCAAAUAAAAUGAUACGUGGUUUGGACAACGCCCUAAUUUAUACAUCAACAAAAGAGACUUGUCUUGCUGCUUGUCUCAAUGAGCAUCGUUUUACAUGUCGAUCACUUGAAUAUAAUUAUAUGACCCUUCAAUGUCACUUGAGUGAUUCUGACAGACGUACAACUGGACAGUAUGUGCAAUUUGUUGAUGCCCAAGGAAUUGAUUACUUUGAAAAUCUUUGUCUCGGUGGCAAAGAUGCUUGUAAAAGUGAAAGAACAUUUUCAUCACCAAGAAUUGGAGUUGCUGAUGAUAAAAUUGCUCAAUAUGCUGGUCUAAAUUAUUAUACUGACAAAGAACUUCAAGUACAAACCGAGGCAUUCUGUAAAUCUGCAUGUGAAAAUGAAAAUGAAUUUUUAUGUAGAUCUUAUUUGUAUCGUGGUCCACCAAUUGGUACUGGAUAUAAUUGUCAAUUAUUCCAUUUGGAUCAUUGGACUUUACCUGAUGGACCAUCAACUUACCUUAAUGCUGAAAGACCACUUAUUGACAAUGGCGAUAGAGUUGGAAAUUACUUUGAAAACUUUUGUGAAAAGGGCGAUUUAACAGUUGAUAUUUUACCACCUAUCACAUCACCAACAAAUCCUUUCAAAGGCUCAAAUAAUGGAACCAGUGGAGAUGAUGUCAAUUGUGAUAAAACUGGUACCUGUUACAAUGUAUCUGUUGACUGCAAAGACACAAAAAUUGCUGUACAAGUAACAACAAACAAGCCUUUUAAUGGUCGUAUUUAUGCACUUGGACGUUCUGAGACAUGUAACAAUGAUGUUGCAAAUAGUGAUCUUUUUAGACUUGACUUGACAAUGAGUGGUCAAGACUGUAAUACACAGAGUGUUACUGGUGUAUACUCAAACACAGUGGUACUUCAACAUCACUCAGUUGUGAUGACAAAAGCUGACAAAAUAUAUAGAGUUAAAUGUACAUAUGACAUGUCAUCAAAGAAUAUAACAUUCGGGAUGAUGCCCAUCAGAGAUCCAGAUAUGAUUAGCAUUACAAGUGCACCAGAAGCACCACCACCAAGAAUUCGUAUUCUUGAUAAUAGAGCAAGAGAAGUUGAAACAGUACGAAUUGGUGAUAAGCUUACAUUUAGAAUUGAAAUUCCCGAAGACAGUAAGUUUAAUAUAUAUUAUGCAGGCUGUGUUGCCAUGGCCAAAGACUCUAAGAGCACAUUCCAAAUAAUUGAUGACGAAGGGUGUCCAGUUGAUACAUCAAUAUUUCCAAGUUUCACAACUGAUGGAAAUGCACUACAGUCAGUAUACGAGGCAUUUAGAUUUACUGAAUCUUAUGGAGUGAUAUUCCAGUGUAAUGUUAAAUACUGUCUUGGACCAUGUGAUCCGGCUGUAUGUGAAUGGGGACGUGAUUCAAUUGAAUCUUGGGGCAAAAGAAAACGAAGAAGUAUUACAAAUGGUACACAAGAAAAGAGCGAAGAUAUGACAUUGUCACAGGAAAUAUUGGUUCUUGAUUUUGGUGAUGAAAAACAAUCUGAAUUUUUGAAAAGUGAUGCUAGUAUUGAUUUCAAUGAAGCUGAUAAAACUGUCACCAUUGUCGAGCCAUGCCCAACAAGAACUUCCAUAUUUGCUCUUGGUGUUACAUGUGCCCUUCUCAUUCUUCUCUAUGUAUCAACAAUAUUUUGCUACUACAUGAAAAAAUGUCUAACACCAAGCAAAGUCAUGCACUGAAUCAAUAGCUCAGCAUGAUUUAUAAAGAAAAGGAAAAAAAAAAAAAAAGCAACAAUAACUAUAGAAGGAGAUAAUUUGAGAAAAUAUCUUUUCUUUUCUCUCUCUCUCUCUCUCUCUUUCUCUUCUCCUUUCAACAAAAAGACUUUUUAAAUUAAUGGAUACUCGAUUUACAAAUGGGAAGAAAAAUGGCGAAAAAAAUAUUGCCGAUAACCAUUCAAUGCUUUAAAUUUAAGUUCAUCAUAAAAAAAAAAAAAAAAAAUCCUAAUUGAGCUGUUGCGUCAUUGGACAUUUUUUUUUUCUUGGCUACUUUUGAUUAGGUUGCAAGAAGCUACGCUGCUGGUUUAGGUCAAUUUAUAAAUUACAAAAAAAACAAACAAAAAUUCAUUUAAAUUUUUAACUCCAGCAUGGUGGAAUAUUUUUUAUCAUUAAAAAAAAAAAAAAAAACACCUGCAACUUGUAACCUGUAUCAAGACUAGCGGUAUUUAGAGGUUUACGCUUGACUAACUAUUUUAUUAUUAUUUUUCAUCUAUUUUCAAAUUAAUACAUCUUCAUUAUAUUAUUUUUUCCUAGCUAUAUAUAUAUCCCAUUCUUUUAAUUUUUAUAUUUUAAGAUAUCUUAAGAUUAGUAAGUAAGCAAUUAUUAAACUUUAAGUUGGCAUUUAAAAGUUAAGUUACAGCCAACAUAUUUUAUAUAUAGCCAAUAAUAAUUUUUAUACCAUGCUCGAUAAUACAUUAAUCGCAUUUAUCAUUAUCCACUUUAUAUAAAUUUUUUUUUUUUUUUUUUUUUAUUUUUCAUUAUAUUAUAAUCAUUAUUAUUUAAAUUUCCAUUGAUGAUAAAAUUUGGGACUCUUUUCUCGCUUUGGAAAUUUUGUGUCAUCGAGCACGGUAUGAAAAAAAUAUAUAUAUAAAAAUUAAUUGGUUUUUUAUUAUUUAAGUUGAAAAAUAAAUAAAAUUAAAAAAAAAAAAAAAUUAUUGACUCUUCAAGGUGCUUUUACAUGCUCAUUAUUAAGAGGGAAUAAUUUUUUUUUUUUUUUUUCCUUGAUGAGAUAAUUUUUCAUGUGAUUAAAUCGAAUGAGAAAAUAAAUAAAAAUUAAAUACUCUUCUGAACUUGAAUGAUUUUGAUGAUAUACCAGCCAAGUGAAGAAUUUUUUUUUAAAUAUUUAAAUAUUUUAACUUCCGGCUGUGGUGCUAUUCUGAAUUUUCGUGGAGCAAUAAUAUUAGCUGAGGAAUAAAAUUUUGGUAUGGCCAUGAGAAAUAAAAGUCGUUGGUAUAUAGAAGCCACAAAAAGGAAGUGGAAGAGUUGAGAGUAGAAUUUUAUUAUAUUUUUUUUUUUUUUUAAAUUUUAUUUAUUAUAUUCUUUUUUUCUUCUCUCUAAACUCGUUGGUCGUAUAACACCAUCAGAAGAAUGGCUGGGCCCCACGAGAAUUCAGAAAGAAAAAUAAAACAAAAACGAAAUUUAAAAAAAAAAAA